CUCUCCAGCGCACGGCGAAAGGAGGGGGCAACUUCCGGGACCUGGCGGGGCUUUUGUGUUCGGCCGCGAGAAUCUGUCGAGCUCGGUGUGUCUCCGCCGCUCCUUCCCCUUAUCCCUGGGAGGUCCAAGUGGUUCCGCGGCAGCUUCUGUUGCUCUGGGACCUGCAGGUCCUGGGAGGUCCUUAGGGAAGACCCGAGACACCCGAGAGUGGGAAAUGACAUUAUUCAAUAAAGCAGGAGUCCCCAUCCCCUGGGCCAUGGACCCGUACCAGUCGGUGGCCUGUUAGGAUCCAGGCCAUGCAGCAGGAGGUGAGCAGCAGGAUUCAGUGUCAUUUGAAGAUGUGGCUGUGGCCUUUACCCAGGAGGAGUGGGCUUUGCUGGAUCCUUCUCAAAAGAAUCUCUACAGAGAUGUGAUGCAAGAAAUCUUUAGGAACCUGGCUUCCGUAGGAAAUAAAUCAGAAGACCAGAAUAUCCAAGAUGACUUCAAAAAUCCUGGGAGAAAUCUAAGCCAGGAUUCAAAUUUGAAUCUGAAUAAGAAAGUUUCUACUGGAGUAAAACCAUGUGAAUGCAGUGUGUGUGGAAAAGUCUUCAUGUGUCAUUCAGCCCUUCAUAGGCACAUCCUGUCUCACACUGGAAACAAACUGUUUGAGGGUGAGGAAUGUCCAGAGAAGUUAUAUCAAUGCAAACAGUGUGGGAAAGCCUUUAUCUCUCUCACCAGUGUUGACAGACACAUGGUAACACACACUAGUAAUGGGCCUUAUAAGGGUCCAGUGUAUGAAAAGCCUUUUGAUUUUCCUAGUGUAUUUCAAAUGCCUCAGAGCACUCACACCGGAGAGAAAACAUAUAAAUGUAAACAUUGUGAUAAAGCCUUCAAUUAUUCAAGUUAUCUUCGUGAACAUGAAAGAACUCAUACUGGAGAGAAACCCUAUGCAUGUAAGAAAUGUGGUAAAUCAUUCACUUUUUCCAGUUCUCUUCGCCAACAUGAAAGAUCUCAUACUGGAGAGAAACCCUACGAAUGUAAGGAAUGUGGCAAAGCCUUCAGUCGUUCCACUUACUUGGGAAUACAUGAAAGAACGCAUACUGGAGAAAAGCCCUAUGAAUGUAUAAAAUGUGGCAAAGCCUUUAGAUGUUCCAGAGUCCUCAGAGUCCAUGAAAGGACUCACAGUGGAGAAAAGCCCUAUGAAUGUAAACAGUGUGGUAAAGCCUUCAAAUAUUCUAGUAACCUAUGUGAGCAUGAAAGAACUCACACUGGAGUGAAACCUUAUGGAUGUAAGGAAUGUGGUAAGUCGUUUACUUCUUCCAGCGCCCUUCGAAGCCAUGAAAGGAUUCAUACUGGAGAAAAACCCUAUGAAUGUAAGAAAUGCGGUAAAGCCUUUAGUUGUUCCAGUUCCCUUCGAAAGCAUGAAAGAGCUUAUAUGUGGUAAAAAAAAAAAAAAAAAAA